CUCGAAGAUAUGCAGAUAUUCUGAAUGUUUCCCGAGGACUACCUGUUUUAAUUAAUGCAAACACAUGAGAGAAAUCUUCACUUCAAAUCACGACGCUUCAUCGCCAGGCCAGACGAGAAAUGGCCACCUGUUCCAGAGGACGGAGCUGCGAGAAACAGAGGACGGCGGGGAAGAGCGCCUGAGGAAACGAGGCGCUCUGGACGUCCCGGCGGACACAAGUCACUACGAGACGAACGUUCAGCCGAGCAUCUCAGACGCUGGUGCUUCAGGAUUUGGACUUCUACAUACAUCAAGAAGAUAUGUGAAGUUGGUGAAUUUCCAGGAGGAGGUGAGAGCUCCGGAUCUGGAUGGCUUCUUGGAUAAGGCCAGCAUCCUGCUGGACGAGAGGGCGGCCUCCCUGGACGAAGUGCUGCGCAGAAUGCUGGAGCAUGUGGCCACGGACGGCCAGGGCAGCUGCAAUGCGGAGGAAGUCAUGAGCGCUCUGUUCACAGACGCCGGAGGACAGGAGGCCAACGUUCAUCUGUUGACUGAGACCAUUCAGGGAGUGACGGCGACCGCCACAGGAGUUCGCUACCAGCAGUCCUGGCUCUGCGUGUUCUGUAACGUGAAGAGUCUCCAGAGACGCUGCGUCUGUGUUUCUCGUCUGGAGCGGCCGCAGAACUGGGGUGUGAACUGCUGCGAGGUCCGCUACGUUAUCCUCAUCCUGGCCCCGCCGCGAACAAAAAGCACAAAGAGCGCCGUAGAGCUCGGCCGCACGUUCGCCACCUUGUUCUCAGACAUCUCGUUCAGACAGAAGCUCCUGGAAACCAAGACCCAGGACGACUUCAAGCAGGAGCUGGUGAUUCAAAGGCAGCGGCUCUCCACCGCCACCCAGACCGACCCACACGGCAACAAACCGCUCAAGGUAAAAGACUUCCUCCGAGCGGUCGUGGCAUUUAUGAAGACCUGUGCCGCAGGCUCCCCGCUGUACCUGUCGGACUUCACAGAUGGUAUUCUGGACGCUAACAGAUCUUUGCUGAAGUACAGCACCACCGCCAUCUUCCUCUACAUCGCCAUCCUGCUGCCGGCCAUUGCGUUCGGCUCUCUGAAUGACGAGAGCACGCGAGGAGAGAUAGAUGUACAGAAGACUAUAGCCGGUCAGUGCAUCGGAGGAGUGAUUUACUCUCUGUUCGCUGGCUCUCCUCUGGUCAUCCCUCUCACCACGGCACCUCUAGCCAUCUUCAUCAGCAUGAUCAGAGGCAUCUGUGAUGACUAUGACCUUGAUUUUUCUGCUUUCUACGCCUGCAUCGGCCUCUGGAACGGUCUGUUCCUCAUACUGGGAGGCAUCUUCAAUGUCAGCCUGUUUAUGAAGCUCUUUAAACGCUCCACAGAAGAAGUGAUCGCUUUGUUCAUCUCCAUUGCUUUUGUGGGCGACGCUUUGAAAGGCGCCAUGAAGAUAUUUCAUAAAUAUUACCAUGGCCUUGCACUAGUCAACGGAAGCACAGCUGAACUUCAUCGGCUGGGUGUGAUACUUGUGAACGGAUCAGAGAACAGAGGCGUCCUGUGCACCAGAGACUGUCCUAUUCUCUGCCUGCUGCUGAUGCUGGGAACACUGUGGCUGGGCUAUGCCCUCUUCCUCAUCAAGAGAAGCCCAUUCCUGCAUGCUAAAGUCAGGGAGGUGGUGUCCGACUGCGCCUUGCCGAUAUCUGUGCUCAUCUUCUCCUUUGUGGGCUCCUACCUGUUCGUGGACAUUAAGCUUCCAGCAUUCAACUACCAGAAUGAAGCCCUAUUCAAAGUAGCGGCUUUUGACCGGCUGACGGGGAUGAAUGUGUUAAGUGCAUGUGGUCUUGGCUUCCUCCUCGCCUUGCUCAUCUUCAUCGACCAGAACAUCGUGGUGUCCCUCACCAAUGCCCCAGAGAACAGACUGCGAAAGGGAACGGCGUACCACUGGGACCUGAUGCUCUCUGGGUUCAUCAACAUCCUGAUGUCGGCGCUGGGCUUACCGUGGAUGCACGCCGCUUUCCCGCACUCCACACUGCACGUGCGUCAGCUGGCGCGGGUGGAGCAGCGCGUGGAGGGAGGACACCUCUACGAAACGAUAGUCAGCGUGAAGGAGACGCGACUAACCUCGCUGGCUGCCAACAUCCUGAUUGGUUUGUCCGUGUUUUUGCUGCCAGUUCCUCUUCAGUGGAUACCCAAACCCGUUCUCUACGGCCUCUUCCUGUACAUCGCCCUCACGUCUAUUGACGGAAACCAGAUGUGCGACCGUAUGGCCCUUCUGCUUAAAGAACAAACGUCGUAUCCACCCACCCACUACAUCCGCAGAGUGCCGCAGAGGAAGGUGCAUUAUUUCACAGGCCUGCAGAUUGUUCAGCUGAUCGUCCUGUGUGCGUUUGGGAUGUACCCUCUGCCCUAUAUGAAGAUGAUCUUCCCUUUGCUCAUGAUCAUGCUCAUUCCAAUAAGGAACUCCUUGUUGCCGAAGAUUAUUGAAGCAAAGUACCUGGAUAUCAUUGAUUCUCAACACAUGUAGGUGAACAAAUAAAAAAGGGACCGUUCAGAAACAUUAACGCUUGUAAAGUUCAGGGAAAGAGUGCAUUUCCUAUUCGUGUUCUUGUUAGAAAACGUGUUUUUCUGGCCGUGAUAUGUGCCUUCAGUGUGUUCUGAAUUCAUUCUUUGUACAACGGUCCAUGACAUUUUUUAUUUAUUUAUUGGAAUCAUAAACUCUUUUCUUUUUCCUCC